CUCUACAACACUACUUUUAUUUACUCAAACAGAAUAAAACAGGUUUUUAUUCGCAUGUGUUAACGGCGAUUCUCAGUUUCUGUGUGAAUACAGUCGGUUACUCGGUGAUACCGGAUCUGACAGUGAGCAGGAGCUUCUCUAAAGUACUCAGUUUGCGCUGCUCGGGUCUAGUUUGUGAGGCGUAGGGGUCGCGCUGUGUCUCGGGCUGGGUGUGUAGCGGAGCCGGUCGGGGGCGGGGCGGACACUCUCGCAGCGGCGGCCGGGUCUGCGGCUCCUCAGAGCGGAUACUCUCCCAGUGGCUCCCCGCCCCGACCCUCCGCACUCCCCGCGCCCGCCCGGUCUCACAGCAGCGGCGGAGGAAUGGCGCAGAUUUUACCCAUCCGCUUCCAGGAGCAUCUGCAGCUGCAGACUCUGGGGGUGAACCCGGCGAAUAUCGGCUUCAGCUGUUUGACGAUGGAGUCGGAUCGCUUCAUUUGCAUACGGGAGAAGGUGGGCGAUCAGAACCAGGUGGUGAUCAUCGACCUCAGCGACCCCUCCAACCCCAUCCGCCGACCAAUCACAGCUGACAGUGCCAUCAUGAACCCGGCCAGUAAGGUCAUCGCUCUGAAAGCGGCGCGGACGCUGCAGAUCUUUAAUAUGGAGAUGAAGAGUAAGGUGAAAGCUCACACCGCUGCAGACGAGGUGAUGUACUGGAAGUGGAUCUCUGUGAACACCAUCGCCCUGGUCACCGACACCGCCGUCUACCAUUGGGGGAUGGAGGGAGACUCUCAGCCAAUCAAGAUGUUCGACCGGCAUGCCAGCCUCGCGGGUUGCCAGAUUAUCAACUACAGGACAGAUGAAGCUCAGAAAUGGCUUCUGCUUAUAGGAAUAUCAGCACAGCAGAACCGUGUGGUCGGGGCGAUGCAGUUGUAUUCUGUAGAGAGGAAAGUGUCUCAGCCUAUAGAGGGUCACGCGGCCGCGUUUACUCAAUACAAACUGGAGGGAAACCAGAAUUCAUCCACACUUUUCUGCUUCGCCGUCAGAAACCAGGCUGGAGGGAAGCUUCAUAUAAUAGAGGUGGGUCAGCCGGUCGCGGGGAAUCAGCCGUUUGCUAAGAAAGCUGUAGACGUGUUUUUCCCCCCCGAGGCUCAGACUGAUUUCCCCGUGGCCAUGCAGAUCGGUACGAAGCACGGCGUGAUCUACCUCAUCACUAAAUACGGCUACAUCCACCUGUAUGAUCUGGAGUCAGGUGUGUGUAUUUAUAUGAAUCGAAUCAGUGCAGAAACUAUCUUCGUCACAGCGGCACACGAGAGCACGUCCGGGAUUAUAGGAGUGAACAAGAAGGGACAGGUUCUCUCAGUGUGUGUUGAGGAGGAGAACAUAGUGAACUACAGCACUAGUGUUCUGCAGAAUCCGGAGCUGGGUCUGAGGCUGGCGGUGCGCAGUGAUCUGCCGGGAGCGGAGGAGCUCUUCACACACAAGUUUAACACACUCUUCUCUCAGAGCAGAUUCACCGAGGCGGCUAAAGUCGCUGCUUCAGCUCCGAAGGGAGUUCUGAGGACGGCGGAGACGAUUAGGAGGUUUCAGUGUGCGGUGGUGUCGGGGGGACAGGCGUCUCCGCUGCUGCAGUAUUUCGGGGUGCUGCUGGAUCAGGGUCAGCUGAAUAAGCUGGAGUCGGUUGAGCUGUGCCGGCCGGUGCUGCAGCAGGGCCGCACGCAGCUGCUGGAGAAAUGGCUGAAGGCUGAGAAGUUGGAGUGUUCGGAGGAUUUGGGGGAUCUGCUAAAAGCAGCAGAUCCGAAUCUCGCGCUCAGCGUUUACCUCCGAGCAAACGUCCCGCCCAAAGUCAUCCAGUGCUUCGCAGAGACGGGACAGUACCAGAAAAUCGUCCUGUACGCUAAAAAAGUGGAUUAUAGUCCAGACUGGAUGGUGUUGUUGAGGAGUGUGUUGCGCUCUGGAGCUGAUCAGGGGCUGCAGUUCGCUCAGAUGCUGAUUCAGGAUGAGGAGCCUCUCGCCGACAUUAAUCAGGUGGUAGACGUUUUUAUGGAGGGUAAUUUAGUGCAGCAGUGUACCUCCUUCCUAUUGGACGCUCUGAAGAACAACCGGCCGGAGGAGGGGCCUCUGCAGACACGCCUCCUGGAGAUGAAUCUCCUUCACGCCCCUCAGGUAGCAGAUGCUAUUCUGGGUAAUCAGAUGUUCAGUCAGUAUGAUGGGGGUCGUGUAGCGGAGCUGUGUGAGAGGGCGGGGUUACUGCAGCGAGCGCUGGAGCAUUUCACCCACCUCCACGACAUCAAACGCACCAUCGUUCACACUCACCUGCUCAACCCCGAGUGGUUGGUGAAUUAUUUCGGCUCGUUGUCGGUGGGAGACUCUCUGGAGUGUUUGAGGGCGAUGUUAUCCGCUAAUCUCAGACAGAACCUGCAGCUGAGCGUCCAGAUCGCCUCCAAAUACCACGAGCAGCUGAGCACCGCGGCUCUGGUGGAGCUGUUUGAGUCCUUUAAGAGCUACGAGGGUCUGUUUUAUUUCCUGGGCUCCAUCGUGAACUUCAGUCAGGACCUGGAGGUGCACUUUAAAUACAUCCAGGCUGCGUGUAAAACCGGACAGAUUAAAGAGGUGGAGCGAAUCUGCAGAGAGAGCAGCUGCUACGACCCCGAGCGCGUCAAAAACUUCCUGAAGGAGGCGAAGCUGACGGAUCAGUUACCGCUGAUUAUCGUCUGCGAUCGAUUUGAUUUCGUGCACGAUCUGGUGCUUUACCUGUACCGAAACAACCUGCAGAAAUAUAUCGAGAUCUACGUCCAGAAGGUGAACCCGAGCCGGUUGCCGGUGGUGGUGGGGGGGCUGUUGGAUGUGGAUUGUUCGGAGGAGGUGAUGAAGAGUCUGAUUUUGGGGGUGAGGGGAAACUUCAGCACCGACCUGCUGGUGGAGGAGGUGGAGAAGAGGAACAGGCUGAAGCUCUUGUCCUCGUGGUUGGAGACUCGGGUUCAGGAGGGCAGCGAGGAACCGGCUACCCAUAAUGCACUGGCUAAAAUCUACAUCGACAGUAACAAUAACGCCGAGCGCUUCCUCCGGGAGAACCCGCACUACGACAGCGCCACCGUGGGGCGCUACUGCGAGAAGAGAGACCCUCACCUGGCCUUCGUAGCGUACGAGAGAGGAGAGUGUGACCUGGAGCUCAUCAAGGUGUGUAAUGAGAACUCUCUGUAUAAGAGUGAGGCUCGGUAUCUGGUCCGGAGGAAGGAUGCUGAUCUGUGGGCGGCGGUUCUGGAGGAGAGUAAUCCAUACAGACGAGCUCUUAUUGAUCAGGUGGUUCAGACAGCUCUCUCUGAGACGCAGGAUCCGGAGGAAGUUUCAGUAACAGUUAAAGCGUUUAUGACCGCAGAUCUUCCCAACGAGCUGAUCGAACUGCUGGAGAAAAUCGUGCUGGAGAAUUCCAUAUUCAGUGAACACAGGAAUCUGCAGAAUCUGUUGAUUCUGACGGCUAUUAAAGCGGAUCGAACGCGAGUGAUGGAGUACAUCAACCGAUUAGAGAAUUACGAUGCUCCUGACAUCGCAAACAUCGCCAUCAGUAACCAGCUGUACGAGGAGGCGUUCUGCAUCUUCAAGAAGUUCGACGUGAACGCUUCUGCUAUACAGGUUCUGAUCGAGCAGGUGGGGGAUCUGGACCGGGCGUAUGAGUUUGCGGAGUGCUGUGGGGAGGGGGCAGUGUGGAGUCAGUUGGCUGGAGCUCAGCUGCAGCAGAAUCUGGUGAAGGAGGCGAUCGACUCGUACAUCCGAGCGGACGAGCCGGCGGCGUAUAUGGAGGUGGUGGACGCCGCCAGCCGGAACAAUAACUGGGAGGAUCUGGUGAGGUUUCUGCAGAUGGCGCGAAAGAAAGCGCGAGAGUCUUACGUAGAAACUGAGCUCCUGUUUGCUCUCGCUAAAACCAAACGUCUCUCUGAGCUGGAGGAAUUUAUCAACGGCCCGAACAACGCACAUAUACAGCAGGUUGGGGAUCGUUGUUUUGAGGAGGGCAUGUUUGAGGCGGCCAGGCUGCUGUUUAAUAACGUGUCUAAUUUCGCACGCUUGGCGUCGACGCUGGUGAACCUGUGCGAGUACCAGGCGGCGGUGGACAGCGCCCGCAAAGCCAACUCCACCCGCACCUGGAAAGAGGUGUGUUUUGCGUGUGUAGAUGGAGAAGAGUUCCGAUUGGCUCAGAUUUGUGGUCUGCACAUCGUGAUUCACGCUGAUGAGUUAGAGGAGCUGAUCAGCUACUAUCAGGAUGGAGGGUAUUUUGAGGAGCUGGUUACUCUGCUGGAGGCGGCGCUGGGUUUGGAGAGAGCUCAUAUGGGGAUGUUCACUGAACUCGCGAUUCUUUACUCUAAAUAUAAACGGCAGAAGAUGAGAGAACAUCUGGAGCUCUUCUGGUCCAGAGUCAACAUCCCCAAGGUGCUUCGUGCAGCAGAGCAGGCUCACCUGUGGGCGGAGCUUGUGUUCCUGUAUGAUAAAUAUGAAGAGUUUGAUAACGCAGUAAUCACCAUGAUCACACACCCGACCCACGCCUGGAGACACUCCCCCUUUAAAGAGAUCAUCAGCAAGGUGGUGAAUGUGGAGUUAUAUUAUAAAUCACUGCAGUUUUAUUUAGAGUAUAAACCUCUGCUGCUCAACGACCUGCUGACUGUUCUCACACCCAGACUCGACCACAGCAGAGCCGUUACCUUCUUCACCAAGGUGAAUCAGGUGAGGCUGGUGAAGCCGUAUCUGAGAUCAGUACAGAACCAGAAUAACAGAGCCGUUAAUGAAGCUUUAAACAGCUUACUGACCGAGGAGGAGGACUUCCAGGGUCUUCGCUCCUCUAUAGAAGUGUAUGAUAACUUCGACUCCAUCAGUUUGGCUGAGAGUCUGGAGCAGCACGAGCUGAUCGAGUUCAGACGCAUCGCCGCUUAUCUCUACAAACUCAACCAGCGCUGGACCCAGAGCAUCCAGCUCUGCAAGAGAGACCACCUGUACAAGGAUGCGAUGCAGUUCGCUGCGGAGUCGAAGGACGGGGAUCAGGCGCAGGAUUUGCUGCGCUGGUUUCUGCAGGAGGGACGCAGGGAGUGUUUUGCUGCUUGUCUUUUCUCCUCGUAUGAUCUUCUGGCUCCGGACGUGGUUUUAGAAAUGGCCUGGAGACACGGCCUCAUCGACUUCGCCCUGCCGUACUUCACCCAGGUUAUGAGAGAAUACCUCACCAAGGUGGAUGAAUUAGCGGGACAGGUGAAGGUGGAUAAUCUAGAAGAGUCUGAAGGUAAACGAAGCUCUGAGAAAGUGAGUGAAGAGUCCAGUUCUGUAGAUUACGGUCAGCAGUUGAUGUUAGCUGCUGGUCAGUCUCCUGUAGCUCCUCAGGCUGUGUUCUCCAGUUACGGCUUUACUGCUGCUGGAUUCUCCUCUCCAGCCUACGGGUUUAACCUCCACCCCUGACUCUCCUCCACCUAAAGACCUGCUGAACCUCCAUCUCCACUCCAGACCCACCGCCCGCCAGACCCACCGCCCGCCAGACACACCGCCCGCCAGACCCACCGCCCGCCAGACGGAGGCUCGGUCUCGCUCUCAGUCCAGCAUGAUGGAGACACUGAACCCAAACUAACAAACGAGCAAAAAGCAGCACUGAAUCUCCCUCAGUUACAUAAUUCACUCUCUCUCUCUCUCUCUCUCUCUCUCUCACUCUCACACUCUCACUCACUCUCUCUCUCACUCUCACACUCUCUCUCUCUCUCUCUCUCACUCACUCUCUCUCUCUCUCUCUCACUCUCUCUCACUCUCACACUCUCUCUCUCUCACUCUCUCACUCUCUCACACUCUCUCUCUCUCUCUCUCACUCUCACACUCUCUCUCUCUCACUCACUCACUCUCUCACACUCUCUCUCUCUCACUCUCACACUCUCACUCUCUCUCUCUCUCUCUCUCUCACUCUCACACUCUCUCUCUCACUCACUCUCUCUCUCAUUUUCUCUCUCUCUCUCUCUCACACACUCUCACUCUCUCUCUCUCUCUCUCACUCUCACACUCUCUCUCUCUCUCUCUCUCUCCCUCUCCACACUAACUCAGCAUAUCUAACAGCCUGUAAUAUUUAGAUUGUUAGUUUUAUAGAGAUGAAACAUCAGCAGGUUUAACUUCAACACCUCAGAAUUUACAGCACUGGAGAAAUCAGAUAGACUACCUGAAUGAAAACAGGCUGAACAGCAGACGACACUAGUGAUCUGUAAUUGUGUUCACUGUUCUCUUUUUGUUGUUCUUCUGCAUUUUCUGACUUUUAUUUUGAAGAUUUGUGUUUAGUUUUAAUUCUGCAGCAGUUCUGUAUUUAAUGUCUGAAGUUGCUCUGCGUUUUUGUUAAUAUAUAAUUUUACACUACUCUUCACUAGGUUUGUUUCACAGCUCUAGUUGUAAUUAGUGAGAUAAAAGUACUGAGUUCACGUUCACUCAGUGUUAUUCUCCUGCUUCCACGUUUCAGUAAAGCUGAUUUGUUUCAGCAUCAGUUGUAAAAAGCGCUGUAUAAAUAAAUUCGAUUGAUUUGAUUGGACGAUACAGCAGUGUGAUGAAAGAUUCCUGAAACUGGAUCGUCCUGAACUGCAGGACUGUAGUAUUGAAUUCACCACAGGUACGACCUACAGGCCUCUCUGAGCACAACUACGGUCAGACCACAGAUAUCAAUCAGACGUUCAGUUAGUUAUAUAUCUGUCUAGAGCUGCACGAUAUAUGGUUUAAGCAUCGUCAUGGCGAUGUGCACAUGCGCAAUAAUCACAUUGCAGGAUGUGUGAUGUCACUUAAAGCAUUUAAAUUAAACACGUCAUGUUUUAUGUUUUGAUUCUUGACACAAGAAGUAGAUACACAGCGCUGUCUCUGUGUCUGUGUGAGUGACAGACUGCUGCUGCCUGAGAAGCGCGAGGGGGAGGGGAAGGAGUAAACAGGAAGUAACCGCAUGGCCUCCAUCCACAUGGUAAACGUGUGGAAAGCUGUGCACCUCAGUCCAGCACAGUUUAUCAGUGCAGAUAUUUCCAGUUACAGCUGAAUUCACACUUUUAAUUCCAGAAAAAUAAACACUCUUAUUCACCUUUUAAAAAGACAUUUAAAUGCUGAUUAAAGAGCAGAUUACUGUUGUUUUGCUGUUUUCCUCUGGGUUUGAGAGCUCAGCGCUGACUCAGCUCUUGAUUGGUCUGGAGAAGAGGCAGCGCUCGGGUGUGGGCGGGGCUGCUGAUGUCAUGUACCCUGCAUUGUUUAAUAUUGCAAUAUAUAUUGUCAAAAAAAAAAACAUUAACAGUGUAAAAUGUUUCCAGUAUCGUUCAGCUCUAUAUCUGUAUCUGUGAUCGAUCAGCUGAAAUCUUCUCCUGCAGUUUCUGCUUCUGAUGAGCUUCAUUACAGCCUCUCACAAUACUACUGCACCUCUCAGCUCUAUAACAUCCCAUUCUGUCACAUACAGUAAAUAUGAAGUAAGUUACUGAAGCCAUAAGUGAUAUAAUGUUUACAGUGUGAUGAUGCAGAAAAAACAUUAAUAUUUUUUAGGAAAAGACAAAACCCAAAAACAGGAGGUCUGAUAGCAGCUGUUUCUGGUUGCUAGGAGACGCAGGUGGGGCGGUGUCUCUGGAGCCUGUUAGGAGGAAAAUGACUGUGUGUGUGUGUGUGUGUGUGAGAGAGUGUGAGUCAUGCACACAGAUGAAGAAAUAAAGUUUACACUCACUAACUGCA